CGGAAGAGGGCAGUAUUGCUGCGUCUGCACUCUCAUAAAAGAAGAAGAAAAGAGGGCGGUAUCAUAAUAGCGCUCGAAGAAGAGUUAUAUUUUGGAGGUAACAUGGCUUCCCCUGCUGGCUGUAAGCACUAUGUGCGCAGUUGCUUGUUGAAAGCACCUUGCUGUGGUAAACUGUAUGUGUGUCGACUGUGCCAUGAUGCAGAGGAGGGCCACCAGAUGGACCGAUUCAAAGUCAGAGAGGUGCAGUGCUCUGAGUGUCAGACAGUGCAGCAGGCACAACAGACUUGCCAGCAGUGUCAUGUUCAGUUUGGGGAGUAUUACUGUGACAUCUGCCACUUGUUUGACAAAGAUAAGAAGCAGUACCACUGUCAGCCGUGUGGAAUCUGCAGGAUUGGGCCCAGGGAGAAGUAUUUCCACUGUGAGAAGUGCAAUCUGUGUUUAGGCCAGGAUCUGCGAGGAAACCACAAGUGCGUUGAAAAUGUUUCGAGGCAGAACUGCCCAGUGUGUAUGGAGGAUAUUCACACAUCCAGAAUUGGAGCUCACGUUCUUCCGUGUGGCCAUCUUUUACACAGGACCUGCUUUGAUGACAUGGUCAGAACUGGAGCGUAUCGCUGUCCUCUGUGUAUGCACUCUGUCUGGAACAUGGAGGACCACUGGGAUCAAAUAGACAAGGAGAUUGCCCUGUCACCAAUGCCUACAGAAUACCAGGGAGCUACCGUCAAAAUUAUAUGUAACGACUGCCAAGCCCACUGCACGGUGCCUUUUCACGUGUUGGGCAUGAAGUGCAGCAGCUGUGGCUCCUACAACACUGCACAGGAUGGAGGACUCAUCCAGCAGCCUCUGCAGCAGCCAGAGCAGGACAUUGAGAAUGAGACCGAAACAGACACAGAGCCAGAGCAGCAAGAUCAACCUCAGUCACCCACACCACUUUAAAACAUUUAUACCUUAGUCCAGGGGUGCCCAAAGUGGGUCUGAUAAAGUCUGAUUUGGCCUUUUAAAGAUGUUUGUUGUGGAACAAAAAAAUAUUAAUUGGUGGUUAUGGUGUUUUAUAUUUUUAUGAGGAAAAAUGUUAUUUAUACAUGUAGCAUUCAUAGUAAUUCAAUAUUUACAUAAGAUGAGCAGGCAGGCAGAGUUACACUGCACAGGAAGUCAGUCAAUGCAGGGAACUUGGGGUUCUCAUUAAUGGUGCUCCAAUCAGGAUUUUAGGGGUGAUCACUGAUUGCUGGAUGCAGUAUCAACCAGUGCUGAUCACCAGUCAAAAGUAAACUGUAUUAUGAUCUAUAGUUAUUAGUGGCAAGAUAAAAACACUAUUAAAAUGUUGAGGAAAUAAAUAGUUGUAUUUAUCUUUGCUUGACUCAGUGAAAAAAGUUUAAAACAGUGUGUAAAACAAUUAAAAAAUUUCAAAAGAGAA